AUGUCGCAACCACCACUCAUCUUAUCGCUUCCCCCAGAGAUGAUUAUACAAGUCUCGAGGCAUCUCACCACGGUAGAGCUUGGUCAUUUGCGCGGCACGUGCAAACACAUCGAACAGAUCCUCUUCGACAGCUUCGCAAAGGAGUUCUUCGUCAAGAGGCAAUUCAUGCUACAGCAACACAGCUUACAAGCACUCCUGGAUAUCGCCAGCCAUCCAACCCUGUCCAGAUAUCUUAAAUAUGUCAUCGUCAGCGCAGAGAGGGUCAAUAAAAGCGACUCGCAGCGAGUCCUCCUUCUGGCGGGCGAGCCCGACGCAGAGACGUUCCUGUGGUCAGGUCAAGCAAGAGACAUGCUCGUUGAGGCUUUCACGAAACUGCCCAACCUCAUCACGGUAGGUGUCCGAGAUUAUUCUGGGCCCAAUCGAUCCCGGGAUGGUCCGAAGGCGAGAUGGCGUAGCUACGGAUGGUCCGUCGGUUUGGAUCCAUCGUCCCUCCAUGAAGAAUCGCGAUCGCUAUCGUUCCACAAUACUCCCGAUGCAGUGUCAAUGACAUUCUCCCUGGUUUUGACUGCCCUGGGCAUGGCUCGUGUCCACCCUGAAGGGGUCGAGGUAUUUAUCAACGCCGCACACGGUUUGAAGGAGUCGGCGUUCAAUGUAAUCAACGGUCGUACGGGCCCUGCCGUGCGGGAGAUCGUUGGCACAUUGAAAGGGCUAUUCCUGAAUAUCGGUAGCACGUAUCUUGUACACAUAGAUUUGGCACCGAUAAAAAGUUUUCUGGUGGCGGCGAAGAAGUUGGAAGCGCUCCGUCUCAACAUGGUCAACUGCUCCUCUUCAGACCCUUUGCUGACAUGGCUUGCAAAGCCUGCGAGCGAAACCGAAAUUUCUACCAGGGACGUCGUGGCUGAUCUUGACGACAACACGCUCCGACGGAUAGUUGGGGAUGAGGAACGGUUUCAUGAGAUUGAUCGGUUGGAUCAGUUUGAUCAGGUUCAUUUCCCGCCGGAAUGGCUUCGCCAAAACUAUCCUCCAUCGCCAGAGUUUGCGAAUCUCCAAAAGUUGGACAUCGGUUUCGCGCGCCUGGCGAGCAGCACAUUGCUGAAGCUUUUGACCAAAUGGCGGAUUCGAGAGUUUAGUCUGUGGAAGCUAUGCGUUCUGCACGAAGAUACAGCGCAUGCCGGUUUCGAGGUCGUCAAACAGAUUUUCCCAACCAUUCUCAAACAGUUGGCCAAAGCAUUCGCGUCAACCAGCCACGUGCGGACCAUCAUGAUUGGUGAUAUCGUGGUUGGUCCGAUGAGGGAAGAUCGGAGUGAACAGAGAUUCGUAUUUGUUCAGUGUGCACCCGAAAGCGGUCCAACGGACGGUGUCGUGCCUCUGCUCCCGCACAAGUCGAAUUUCAAGAUCGAGUAUCGCAUGCGGACAGGUCGGACCGUAAGUGAAUGGCUGGAAGAUGCGGCGGAGCGCAUUGCCCGCGUGGAGCAAAUCAAAGUCCACUUGCUCGGACCCGGUCGAUAUACCGUGGCGCCGGACCGAGAACCUCGGCACACUGAGUCUGACGAUGACGAUGAAAGCAAUUUUGACGGUGUCGAUUUGAUGGAAGACGACGAGGACAUGAGCGACUAG